UCCCGGUUCGGACGCCAUCGGAACCACAGGGCGAAGUGGGCACACCUGCCUGGACGCGCCAAAGGGAAUCUCCUGUUGUUCGAGACGCUGCUACACCGGUUCAAGGGGCGCGAUGCCGUCCAAGUCGUACGACCUGCCGGCGUCCACGUCGAUACCCAAGGCGACUCUACACGGCAACUCCAACAAAGGUUUCCACCAGGAUGAGGCGUCAGCGGAACCACCCUACCCGAUGCAAAUGAAGAAUGGAGGCGGCCAGGUAAACCCCGUGUUCGAGGACCCCCCGCCGGACUACCCAGGGAGCAAGGACACCGUGGUCGGGGACCUGCCCGAGGAAGACGGGGAGGAUCGGCAGCAGUGGUCCCACCCGAUCGAGUUCCUCCUGUCGUGCAUCGCCAUGUCGGUGGGUCUCGGCAACGUCUGGCGGUUCCCCACCACGGCCUACGAGAACGGGGGCGGGGCCUUCCUCAUCCCGUACCUGAUCGUCCUCACCUUCAUCGGCAGACCGUUAUACUUCAUGGAGUUGGCGAUGGGACAGUUUUCGUCCUACGGCAGCGUCAAGGUCUGGAAGGUCGUCCCAGCAAUUAAAGGUGUGGGCUUCGGCCAGAUGAUUGGCACCUGGUCUGUGGUCACGUACUACUGCUCGUUGAUGGCGCUCACGGUCUUCUACUUCAUCCAGUCGUUCAACACCGUCCUGCCCUGGACAUACUGCAACCCCGAGUGGGCCGACGAGAACUGUGUCGACUCUGCGGGGAACUUCACUUACACCAACGUAUCUCAGUCUUCGUCCGAGCAGUACUUCAACAAAUUCGUCCUGAAGAAGAUCGACAACAUAGACGACGGCAUUGGUCUGCCCGACUGGCGCCUGGCCCUCUGCCUCCUCUUCUCGUGGAUUGUGCUCUUCUUCACGCUCGUCAAGGGAGUCAAGAGCUCGGGAAAGGUCGCCUACUUCACCGCCCUCUUCCCGUACGUCGUGCUCUUCACUCUCCUGGGCCGCGGCGUCUCGCUUCCCGGGGCGGUCGAGGGAAUCAUCUACUUCAUCAAUCCACAGUGGCACAUGCUGGCUGAUCCCAAUGUGUGGUACGCCGCCGUCACCCAGUCCUUCUUCAGUCUUUCGGUUGGUUUUGGCGCCAUUAUCACGUUCUCUUCUUACAACGGCUUCACGCAAAACAUUUACAGAGAUGCCUGGAUCAUCAGCUUGGCCGACACGCUGACCUCCCUGCUCGCCGGAUUCACCAUCUUCAGCAUCCUCGGCAACCUCGCCCACGAGCUCGACGCGGAUGUGAAGGACGUGGUGAGGGGCGGCUCGGGUCUGGCCUUCAUCUCCUACCCGGACGCCCUCGCCAAGUUCGACUGGGUGCCGCAGUUGUUUGCUGUGCUGUUCUUCCUGAUGCUGUUCACGCUGGGCGUCGGCUCCGCGGCUGGACUCACCGGCAACAUCAUCACCGUCAUCUGUGACCAGUUCCCAAAAAUCAAAAAAGUUUACAUAACACUGGGCAUCUGUGUCUCAGGGUUCCUGCUGGGUCUUGUCUAUGUCACGCCGGGUGGGCAGUGGAUUUUGGACCUUGUCGAUUACUUCGGAGGUGGAUUCAUCAUCUACGUUCUCGUUAUCGUUGAAACUGUCGGGAUCAACUACAUCUAUGGCAUGAAUAACUUUAUUCGUGACAUGAAAUUCAUGCUGGGGGUCGACCUCGGCAUCUACUGGAAGUUCUGCUGGGCGUUCUUCAUCCCUGUCUCCCUCACGGGCAUCCUCCUGUACAUCCUCAUAGACUUGAGACUUCCCACUUUCGAUGGCCAAGAAUACCCUGAGAUUGCUUAUACGUGCGGUUGGAUCCUGUCCGGUGUGGCCGUCGGUAUGCUUCCCAUAUGGUUCACGCACGCUGUGUACAUUGCGGAAGGAAGUACUUUCAGCGAGAAAGUGAAGAGCGUUUUUCGGCCGAAGGGUACGUGGGGACCAAAGAAGAUGAAGAACAGAAAAGAAUGGGAAAAGUACAUACAAAACCAACAGUGAUUUUGAAUAUGGAAAGUGUAUAUAAAUAAGGACAACCACAUCACACAGCAAUGUGCGUUGUGUAUGUAUAUUUUACGCAUAUUUACUGCUUGUGAAAAGCAGUAAUUAAAACCUCAUUAUCAAUUUAUAGCAUAGAGUAUAUAAAUAUGUUUAUUAGGAUGCAUUGUAAAUAUGAAGCUAUGCAUUUUACUGUUUGUAAUUUACCAAAACUUUGUAUUUUUUCUAAACAAUACAUGUAAGUACUUA